AUGGCUGCCGCCACAAACUGGAAUAUCCCUCCCCCAACUUACGACGCUCGCUCGACACUCGCUACAUCGUUCAUGACCACCACCCUCACGCCCUACCUCCAACUGCCACACCUCCUCUCACUCACAUGGCUUGCGUACCCCAUUCUUUCCCUUAUCUUCGUUGCCUUCCGACUCCAGAUCUCGCUCGCCGAUGCCCAGGACGCGGUGGCCAGCGCGAAGGACGACCUCAUUGCUAGCUGCAAGGCCGCGGAGGAGGCAGCCACUUCCGCUGCUAGCAUGCCACGCUAUCUCGCCCUUGCCACCAACAAGCAGUUCGCGGACGCCGUCAAUGGAUCCAUGAAUGCCGCUCGUGCAGCACUCGUCCUAUCCCUUACUGUAAUGGAAGCGAUCAUCAACUUCAUCAUCGAUCUAUAUCGGUCAACACUUCUGUGCUUCCUGGAGUUAGUUGUGCGAGGUGGACUUGCUCUUAUUAUUGCUGCUGUCCAAGAGGUCAACCAACUUGUCCAAACUGUAACAACUGCCCUAAGGACAAACAUUCAGAACGACAUCGCAUCUGCCAACAAUGUCAUCAGGAGCGCUAUCGAUGCGAUUAACAGAGUUAAUCCCUUUGACGACAUCACACCUCCUCAAAUUCCUGUCCCAAAUCUGGACGGUCUCCAGAAUGUUUCCCUACCAGCCGCGUUCGAGCAGGCACUUACGAAUCUUAAUGCUUCACUCCCUUCUGUUGCUCAACUCAAGGACAAGGUCGAGGAUGUAAUUAGCACUCCGUUUGAGCUUGUGAAGAAAGACAUCAACGACACUUUCGCGGGAAUUUCUUUCCAGCCAGAGCUUAUGCCUGUUCCCCAGCGAAACCGCCUUACCUUCUGCAGUCAGCUCGACAUGUCCGUUAUUGAUGAUAUCGGCCGCGACUUCAUCAAGGCCGCAAAAAUUGGAGUUGUCAUUCUCAUCCUUGUUGCCCUCCUUCUCAUCGGUCUCAACUGCCUCCUCACCUGGUACAAGUGGCGAUGCCUGAAGAAUCAUCUCGAGUACACUCGUCAAGCCUGGUCGACCGAUCCUACAAUGCUCCACACCAAGUCUACUUCGUCCGCGCCUCAAAUUACGCUCAGCAACCAUAACCUGAUGAUGCUCAACGCCAGCUCUGAACACCCUCUGAUCACGAGAAUCACGAACCAGAUUUCAGCCCGCCUGCGCCUGUCUCCUUCCCAACACACCCACAUGCAGUGGUUCUUCAACUACAUCUUCCACGCGCCUGCCCUUGCCUGUUUCUUGAUCGGUUUCUUCGGUCUGCUGUGCGUUCAAGUCCAACUGAUGGCCAUGGGUCCGCUUGUAGCCAAGUACAAGGGCCGCGCAGCGUCAGCUGUGACCGACUUCUCCGGCACCAUCGCCGAGAGCAUCAACGAGAGCAUGUACAACCAGUCGGUGCUCUACGCCAACGAGGUCAAUGGGCGCGUCGACGGCAUCCAGACCUCGAUCAAUGAAGGUGUUUUCGGCUGGGUCAAUGGCACCACGACCACGCUCAAUACCACCAUUAACGAGUUCUACUCGGAUAUCCAGAACGCCGUCGCCACUGUUUUCAAUGGCACAAUCCUCGAGAGCCCCGCCAACGAGUUCCUCCGCUGCUUCAUUGGAAGCAAAGUCGAUGCCAUCGAGAGCGCGCUCACGUUCUUGCAUAAUAACCUGCACGUCGACAUGCCCCGCAUGAACCAGACCGUACUUGUUCUCUCGCCCGAGUCAGUCGACGAGGCUUCACAGCCUAUAGCGGCUGCGGCCCUCGGUGGUGGUGAAGGCAACGAUGAGGGCCUCAUUGGCAGGCUGGUGCUCAAGUACGCUGAGGCGCUCAAGAAAGAGCGUGUCAUGUUCGCGAUCUUCCUCGCACUCUGGGGUGUGGUCAUCCUCAUGGGUCUCAGUGUUGUCCUCUGGCACUCGUACGGUCGCCCGUACCUCGAGAAGAGGGGCAGGCGGAAGUACCAGGCUGAGCAACGCUUGGGCAUUGGUGGCAUUUCGCCUUUUGGUGUUGGCAGCAAUGGGUCGACUGGUGCCCUUCGUGCAAGCGACGAGAAGCAGAGGGAGUUCAGGUCGUUCUCGCCUCUUCCUUCGCCCCGCCGGAGCGUGUUCAAGCCUUUCUGGGGCUCGAGGGCGAACUCGCCAGUGGGUAACAACAGCUCCUCUCCUCAGGCAUCUGUCGAGAGUGUUGGUCACCCCGCCUGGGAAGCUCCGCCUCCACCACCCCAGAAGAAGUCUGGCAAGCUGCUCGCUAUUGGACGCAAGGCGAUGGGCAGAGAGCCCAAGCUGAUGCGUGAUAGCACCAACGAGGAGCUCUCUGCCCCUCUUUCUCCUUCCCCACCAGCUGUUCAGCCUUUUGAGACCAAGGAACGCACCAACACCAACACCGCCUGGACAGGCAAGAUCGGUGCUCUCCUCGGUCGCAAGAGCCAUGACAAGGACGGCAGCAAGGAUUCUUCGGACAAUGACUCUGUCGACUUCUGGGACCGGACCGCGAUGCAUGACAAUUCAAAGCCGAAGCCCAAGUUGCACAUCUACACUCAACGCGGUAUCGACAAGUACGGCCCUCCUCCACGACAGAGCCAGAUGCAGAAGAUGCAGGAGCAGCAGGCCACCAGAUCACGCUGGUCGGCGUCGCCUCGAGAGGCUCAACAGCCGAACUGGAUGAACAUCAUGUCACCGACGAAGAAGACGCCUGCUACGACUCCAGCACCCCCGACGGUCGUCGUCUCGCAGGAGCCGGAGACGCCGUCGCAUCCCCCCGCAUAUUCACACCCACCCAUUGGCCUUCCUAUCCGGAAGCAACAGACUUCGGACGUCCCACUUGACGUGGGCCCGAUGUAUGACGAUCCCUUCAUGUCGCCCACACAGCCAGCACACGCCGUCCUGCCCAUGCCGCUGUAUAAUGGCUUUGAGAGCCAACAGCAGCAGCGGAGGCAACUUCCUUCACCUCCAAGACAUCCAGAGCUCCAGAACAUUCACUCGCAGAGCCAGAGGAGAAGACACGAAUCCUCGUCGCCACCGCCUCCGCCUAAAUCCCCAGCCACUCUCCAGUACGGUACCGCCCUUGCCCCGCCGCCUCGUGAUGACCGCCGCGACCGACACCGACGUGCAUCAUCGAUGGGUGCUCAGCAGUGGAGAGUGACAAAUGCCGUCCCAGGCGACUCGGCCUACUCCUCCAGCGCAACGUCGUUGGUUCCUUCGACCAACUCCAGGCAGACACUAACGCCUAAGGCGAGCGGCGACUUAUCAAUCACGCCCGUGACAAGGCUGCUAACGACGACCCACGCACGGAGGAGCUCUGGUGCGCUCAACCCCUUUAUCACGCCGUUUGAUGACGAGCAUCGGGUGCGCAUUGACAUGCCGAGCGAGGCAGGCUUGCGCAAGAGCGUGCAGACGAACCCAUUCACUGCGUAUGCUAUCUGA